AUGGUGUGUGGUAUAGUGAAUGGGGAGCGCAGUGCUCGUGGUGAUCGAAAAGAGAGUGGUAGUGGCAGUAUUAACAGUAGUAAUAGUAGUAGUAGUAGUAGUAGUAGUAUUAGCAGUAAUAGUACUGGUAGUAUUAACACUAGUAGUAGCAGUAGUAGUAAUAGUAGUAGUAAUAGUAGCAGUAAUAGUACUAAUAGUACAGGUGAUGGCAGUAUUAACAGUUGUAAUAGUAGUAGUAGUAUUAGCAGAAAUAGUAGUACAAGUAGUAGUAGUAGUAGUAGUAGUAAUAGUUGUAGUAGUAGUAGUAAUAGUAGUAGUAAUAGUACAGGUAGUGGUAGUAUGAACAGUAGUAAUAGUAGUAGUAGUAGUAAUAGUACUGGUAGUGGUAGUAUUAACAGUAGUAGUAGCAGUAGUAGUAAUAGUAGCAGUAAUAGUACUAAUAGUACUGGUGAUGGCAGUAUUAACAGUUGUAAUAGUAGUAGUAGUAUUAGCAGAAAUAGUAGUAAAAGUAGUAGUAGUGGCAGUAUUAACAGUAGUAGUAGUAGUAGUAGUAGUAGUAGUAAUAGUUGUAGUAGUAGUAGUAGUAGUAGUAGUAGUAGUAGUAAUAGUACUGGUAGUGGUAGUAUUAACAGUAGUAGUAGUAGUAGUAGUAGUAGUAGUAGUAGUAGUAAUAGUGACAGUAGUAGUAGUAGUAGUAGUAGUAGUAGGAAUAGUACGGUUUGUUUUACUCCGGAGUCUCUGCUCUACACGCCACCGCGACCUCCCCCGCGGCGCACGCCGGCCCAGCGAGCGACUGACCGCGGCUGCUCCACCACGAUCUCCCCGCGGCGCACGCCGGCCCAGCGAGCGACUGAGCGCGGCUGCUCCACCACGAUCUCCCCGUGGCGCACACCGGCCCGGCGAGCGAGUGAGCGCGGCUGCUCCACCACAAUCUCCCCGCGGCGCACACCGGCCCAGCGAGCGACGGAGCGCGGCUGCUUCACCACGAUCUCCCCGCGGCGCACGUCGGCCCAGCGCGCGGAUGCUUCACCACGAUCUCCCCGCGGCGCACGCCGGCCCGGCGCGCGGCUGCUUCACCACGAUCUCCCCGCGGCGCACGCCGGCCCAGCACGCAACUGA